CCCACUAGCAUUCCUCCGAUGUGUGUCGGCUUUAUUAUCAACAGAACAUCCCAAGAAAGUUCGUAUUUUCGGUCCUCAACAAGAUUCCACCGCUGCUUUAAGUUUCUCCUCAGGUCAGCCCAGGUAUCCACAGCCAGGGGUUUCUCAGCUGUGCCAAACAAAUCCCGACCGGGAUAUAAAUUCGGACCCAAAGUGCCAACCAUGGCGAACGCCCACCCCGCACUAGCACGGGUCAGUCCACCUGUCAGGAUGAUUAACCCGGAUCACUCCUUCACCUUUGUGAACCUGGCGUCGAAGAGCUUCGAGCUCGUCCAGCACACGAUCCCGACGUCCCCGGACAUACGAAUGGUCCACGAGCUGCCCGACAGCACGAAGCUGGGAAAGGAUGAGGAGAUGAUCAUGUCGUGGACGAAGGGGUGCUAUUUCGGCAAGAGCGGCCGCGACGACGUGUUCCUCUGCUGGCAGGAGAUGGAGGCGCUGCAGUCGUUCUGCAUCGGCAUCGAGUCGCCCGAACGCGGCUUCUUCAAGCCCAUCCGGUCGCAUUACAAGAUCAAGUACAACGACGGCACGACCUCCAAGGACUGGUUCAAGCCUUCCGACAACCCCGGGGACCCGUACACGUUCCCCAACACCAUGAACGUCGACAUUGUGGUGACGAGCCACUCUGCCAAGGACCAGCUGGAGCUCGAGAUCACCAUCAGGGAUAGGAGUCCACCGGAGCUUAAGCAGUGAUGAAUUUCGAUGUUGAGACGAGCACCACCACGAGACGAACAUAAGGAGGGACAUUCCUGCAUCGAGGUUUGAAGCAGGGCACUGUUGUUGUUGUUGUUGUUGUUGUUGUUGUUGUUGUUGUUGUUGUUGUAUCACAAAACGAAAAAGCCUUCAGGAGUUUGGCGUUAAAAUCAAGUGGAUGUACAGAGUGUUACUGGAAGUAGAUGAAUGCUUUUGGCGCGUCACGUACAUGAGUCACCCAUAC